CCCGUACCCACAAACCAAUCCACCCGUACCCACGAAUAAAAAACCCGUCUUGCAGUCAGGCACCAGCUGUGGAGUUAAAGCAAUCACCCGAUUGCACGACCUCUGGAUUUAUAUAUGGACAGUUCCAUCUCUAGUGAUCAUUGAAUAAACCACCAAGAUGUCCCUCCCGAUUAAAGAUUGUAUACCCAAUUAUUAUGAAAGCUAUCUUCAAGAAAUAGACGAUAACCAAACCAGCUACUUGGAGGUGUACGGAUACACGGUAAUUGAGAACGGAAUCCGUAUAGCAAGAGCCAUCAGACAACAAGAUCGACCGGCGGUAUUUGCAAUUCUCUAUAACGACAACAAUGAUGACCAACCCUUAAUCAAGUAUAAGAAGAAGUACUACCCCUUGGUCCACACGUUCGAACACACACAGCACCAUCUCCACGAAAGCGUCCCCCCGUACGAUCUGUCCACUGACUACACCCAGAUGAUGAACUCUCAAGUGUGCAAGCGCUUAGAAGGGGAAGCGUUCCGGCUGUUGGGGGCCAGGAUUGAUCGCAGCUACUACAAGAAAGACCCGUACAAUUACGACACUUAUCGCUACCGGUGGUGAUCACGUGUGUAUGUCUACCCCCGGAUCACACAAAGCCGUUAGGUGCUAAACGAUCGUUUACAAAAAGUGACUCUGGACGUGGUACUGCCCGAAUUCACAUGCGUGGGUUCCGCGCGGCGGUCACGUGCGAUUGACUACUUGUUACCACGAGGAAUACAACGAGUAAACACUCAACUUACAUCUCAUUGGAAAAAAGUUUUUUUUUUUGGGCGAAAACUGUGGAUCGCAUAUAGUGAAAAAUCUCUUUAAAUAUAUAUAUAUACAAUUGUUUUCUUCCUUUUUU